GCACAAGAGGGGUCAAAGUUCAAUUCAUGACAAGGAAGUGUAGUUGGUCAUCCAUCAGACAAGUUUAAGUCUCAUCUGGCGGUUGGCUAAUAAGCGGAAAUAAACGUGCAUGAGGUUGAAAUUCAACCGUGUUGUUCUAUCGGGAGGCGUAGUGACUUAAACCAGCGAAUUCAUUAAACUCACUGCAGACGUCGAUGUGACACCAGAAGUGACGUAUUCAGGGUGUCUUUGCUCCAGCUGCAGCCUCAUCGGACCGUUUGGUGUGGGCAGGGGACAUGGCUGUGGACUGGAUCGGGUUCAGCUAUGCUGCUCUGGUGAUAGCAGGAGGAGUGAUGGGUUAUGUGAAAGCAGGCAGCGUCACCUCCCUGGCUGCAGGGCUCCUGUUUGGCCUGCUGGCUGCAGCCGGUGCUUAUCAGGCAUCUCAAAAUCCCAAGAAUGUCUGGCUUUCACUAGGCACCUCGGGAACUCUGAGUGUGGUGAUGGGGCUGAGAUUUCUCAACUCCUGGAAGUUCAUGCCAGCUGGUUUAAUGACUUUAGCAAGCGGACUGGUGCUGGUGAAGAUCAUCAUUGGGAUGCUAAGGAGACCACAUAAAUCUUGAAAACAUCUCAAAGUACCUUUUCUGUGUGUCUGUAUAUAUUUUAUAGUUUUCUAUCGCAGUCUGGUUCUGUAUAAAAAUGUCAUAUCUUUAAUUACACAAAACAAUUUUUAUUGUUUGCUGAUAUUUUCAGUUUGUAAAUCUAAUGCUGUAAAACAAAAACUUCAGCAUCUGUAAUAAAAAAUAAUUUGAU